CCGGCGCACGCGGCCGUCAGGCGCGGCCGGGCCGCACGUGAGCGCCGUGAGGGAGCCGCCAGAGCGCCGGGGCCUGGAACGGAACGGAACGGAACGGAACGGCGGGCCCGGCUGGGCUCCCUGAGCUUCCCUGAGCCUCCCUGCGCCUCCGUGAGCCUCUCUGAGCCUGCCUGAGCGUGUCUGCGCCCGUCUGCGCCCCCCUGCCUGCGCCUCCGGUACCCCGCUGUCAGCUCGCAGGGUUUGGCUCCGCCGUGGGUGUUACGCAGGAGGCGCGGGCCGUCUUUUUUUCCUCACCGCGGCGUUUCCCUAACGCAGUCUCUUGCUCCGAUUGCAGCGUCGCCGCGAUGGAGAGCAAGGGUACAAAGAAGUUCGUGGGGAGGAGCGGGAUGGGGCCUCCUGGCAAAGCGCCGCACGGGAGAUGGAAAUUUAAAAGAGAUAAUGAUUCAGGUCCAGCAAAGAAAGUCUUUAACACAGGAGAUGAGGAAGGAAAGCCUAAAUUCGUUUCCAAGACAUUUAUUAAAGGACAGUUAAAAGCUGGAAAUGCUGCUGUGAAACAAUUCAAGAAUAGACAGCAACCAGAAAAGUUUGCAAAGAAGAGAAAACUCCAGGAUGGUGACAGAGGAGGGUCAGAUUCUAAGAAGCCAAAAUGGACUGAAUUCAAAAAGCAAAAGAAAGACUUAAAGCAAACCAGGCAAAUUAAUGACAGAAGUGAUUAUUACAUAAUUAUAAAAUCAAAACAAAUAUGGGAAAGCCUGAGAAGGAGAAAAUGUGAUAAGGAGCAACGAGAAAAGCUGAUGAAUGACCUAGGGAAGCUUCUUCACGGGAAAAUUAAAAAGCUGGCCUUUGCUCAUGAUUCAACUCGAGUGAUCCAGUGCUUCAUUCAGUAUGGUAAUGCGAAGCAAAGGGAAGAGAUAUUUGAAGAAUUGAAAGAUAGCCUGGUAGAGUUGAGCAAGUCGAAAUAUUCCAAAAAUAUUGUGAAGAAGUUUCUUAUGUAUGGGACAAAAGCACAAGUUGCAGAAAUAAUAAAAAGUUUUAAAGGCCAUGUGAGAAGGAUGCUCCGUCAUGCUGAAGCAUCUGCUGUGGUGGAAUUUGCAUAUAAUGACAAAGCCGUUCUGCAGCAGAGGAUUAUGCUGACAGAAGAACUGUAUGGGAACACUUUCCAGGUUUAUAAGACUCCAGCUGUCUCAACACUGGGUGAGGUGCUAGAAGCUCAGCCUGAGAAGAGAGAGGCCAUCCUGGAUGAAAUGAAGCAGAUUCUUACACCAAUGGCACAAAAAGAGGCAGUGAUAAAGCACUCACUGGUACAUAAAGUAUUUUUGGACUUCUUCACUUACGCUCUUCCGAAACAAAGAUCUGAAAUGAUAGAAGCUAUCAGAGAGGCUGUCAUGUACCUGGCACACACUCACGACGGAGCCCGAGUGGCAAUGAACUGUUUAUGGCAUGGCACUCCCAAGGACAGAAAAGUCAUUGUGAAAACCAUGAAGACGUAUGUUGAAAAAAUGGCAACGGGUGAAUUUUCUCAUCUGGUCUUACUGGCAGCAUUUGAUUGCAUUGAUGACACUAAACUUGUGAAGCAGUUGAUUAUAGCAGAAAUAAAAGCUUCUUUGUCCGAUAUAAUAAACAACAAAUAUGGAAAGAAGGUCUUGCUGUACUUGCUAAGUCCUAGAGAUCCUGCAUAUUUUGUUCCUGAAAUCGUUACACUUCUGCAACAGGGAGAUGGAAAUGCCUAUAGUAAGAAGAAUCCUGAACUCCGUCGCCGUGAGCUCCUGGAAGCCAUUUCCUCACCUUUGCUAGAAUACUUGCAAGAACAUACCCAAGAAGUAGUGACAGACAAAGCUGCCUUUGUCUUGGUUGCUGAUAUUUUAAGAACAGCUCUUGUUGACAUCCAGCCUGCACUAGAUGCAAUUGCUACGUUGGCAGCAGAGGAGCUGGUUCCAGGGGGCUGUGAUGGACAGCUUCACAUUGCAGAACAUCCGGCAGGCCAUCUACUUUUGAAAUGGUUAAUACAGCAGGAUGAAAAAAUGAGAGAGAGUGGAAAAGAAGUUUCCUUUGGGAGAACACUGGUGGAACAUGUUGGUAUUGAGAAUCUGAAGACCUGGGCAGAAUUGAAUCGAGGUGCCAUCAUUCUUUGUUGCCUUCUGGAAAGCAGUGAUGAAAAGGUGGCAAGCACAGUCAAAAACGAACUCAAACAGCUCAUCCCAAAGCUGAAGCAGAAUAAAAACGCAAAAGGAGUUGCAGCAUUGCUGGAGAAGUUGACUUCUUAGUGUAAAUGAACCUAAAAUAAUUAUUUACAUCAAUGCAAUCAAGUGAGAUUUGAUAAGAUUUUGUACCGUGGCUUUAAGAAGCAGUGUAUGCAUUUGUAUAUUAAAUACUUUCUAUAGCAA